AUGGAUCUCGACCGUACAGUUUUGUCGAGAAUCCUGCUCCAGGCGCCCCGAAAACCAAUUAUGGCAAUGCUGGACACAAAGUCACCGUUAAAGACGUUCGAAACUGUGAAUCCCAGUUCACCCUUGAUCACGACGCUUUUCAAGUCUUUCAAAACAUCCCGUCUGCAGCGGAGCCUUCUUUUACAGACGAAGAGAAUCGGCAACGUCCGUGCGCGCGACGAGGAUAUAGUGGGCAUUGAACAUCGGUAUUCCAACUUGACGGGAGAAACGGCUGGUAUCAAGCAUAAUGAGAGCCAGCAAUGGUAUUGCUGGUCAGGCAUGGCAAACGAUGAGAGGCUGUUGCUGAAGUGCUCGGAUUCAAAGGAUGUUAAGGGGAAGAGGGUUCCACAUACGGCAUUUGUUGACCCCGGAACACCUCCCGGUGCACCCGGGAGAGAAAGCAUUGAAGUAAGAGCCUUGGUGUUCGGGUGA